CGUGAUAUCGGAAUUUCCCUUGUCACGUGAAGAGGGACAUACAGGCAGGCCCGCCUUCUCUGCUUCAUAGAUCCUCUCAGAGCGCAUGUGCAGCCCGGGAAGUUCUUACUGGGUCCGAGGUUUGGUCCACGUUCUUUCCUACGGUAAUUAGCUGCUGAGUGAGAGUGCAAUGCUCUUCUACUCAUUCUUCAAGUCCCUGGUAGGGAAGGAUGUGGUGGUCGAGUUGAAGAAUGACUUGAGUAUAUGUGGGACCCUGCACUCCGUUGAUCAGUACUUGAAUAUCAAGCUAACAGACAUCAGUGUGACAGACCCAGAGAAAUACCCGCAUAUGUUGUCUGUCAAGAACUGCUUCAUUCGUGGUUCCGUCGUCCGCUAUGUCCAGCUUCCAGCCGAUGAAGUUGACACACAGUUGCUACAGGACGCCGCACGCAAGGAAGCCCUUCAACAGAAGCAGUGAUGGCUUCUCCGAAUUUCAGUGCUGCCUGGUUUCUCCUCCCCCGCCCCGCCCUGGGAAAGCGUUGGACGAUCUAGGGAAAUCAUACCAGCCUUUCCUGAAGGGAACCAGCAACCUUUGUAUGUAUGCGUGUGCCCAUCCUGGCUGUACAUGACUGGGUGAGAAUGUGUGCGUUUUGUAUGUCCGUAUUGGAAAAACACACUUGCUUUCUUUCAGGUUGGGGCUCUGGUUUGGGCAAUAGUCCACUGGCACAUGCGAUCAGGAUGGUGACGCGCCCAGAGUGCGCUUGCUCUGACAUCACUGCAGGAAGUCCCGAUGUGCUAUUGGGGGCAUCCUUUAAUUGCGUGGUAGGUGGGCGUUCAUCUGAAUUGCCCCUCUGCAUAUGUUCCAAAACCCUGUUUUGGUGCAUAUGUAGAAGGGUGAUUCAUAGGCCUGCCCUUCUCAUGGGAUGUUCAAAUAGUGCUUUGGAAUGCACAAUGACAUCAGGAUGGGCGUGCUCUGGGUGCACCACUGUCUUGAUCACAUGUGCCAGCCGACAGUAGUCUGAACCAGCCCUUGGUUAACUAGAGUUUAUACAUGUUCCCAUUCUGUUUCUAGUUCCAUUGAACCUCUUGUUGGGAAAUAGCAGCAGCUUAAAAAAGGGGGGGGGGCAGGCAGAAACCUUCAUGCUGGGAGCACACUUUGUUUCCCAAGCUUCACGCGGUCUCUCUCUCUCCUAGCAGUUCAUCUGUAUCCACGUGGCAUUGCUUAUCAGUGGGAGAGGACCCUCUUGGCAGAGGGCCAAUACCUCAUUUAACCUGCAUUAAAUUUUAAUUUCAUAGUUCAAGGGCUGGAAUGUUGGCUUUGUCCAUGUAUUGCCAACUUUUUCCAGAUUCCUCAUGCCCAGCAUAACAGGCUAAUGCUAAUAGAGGUUUUGUACUUCUUGCUCUCUGUGUUUUGCUAAUGUAAAUAAUGCUUUUUUGGAGGCAGUCCAGCAAGCGCAGAAAGAACUGGCAACAUCCAAUAAUUUCUAAGGUGUCAAUUUCUGUUCGACGACUUGUAAUUUCAUUCCCUGUUACCCAAGCACCCUUAGGUUUUUACCAUUUAAAACAGUCUUUUCUAAAGCUUUAAAAAGCCUGUGAAUUUUUUUUUUGCCACUAGAGGGUAUUGUAGCAUCACUUAAAGCAAAGUGUGGGGUUUUUUUUGUGUUUUUUUUGCCAUGGAGCCUGAAUCUUUACCCAUUCUUUUUGUUUCUGAUCUUUCUGUUAUGGAUGUGUGCGUGUGUGGUGUUUUAAUUUUUAAAUAAAGAGGUUUUCUUUAAAGGAAAUUCAUAUGCAAAAUAACUUCAAGAAAAAAUGUUGAGUUUGAACGUUGUUUGAGGUUAUGGACAGGACUGAGUGUACCAGUUUUUUAAAAAAAUAUAUAAUUCUGUAUUAAAGUAAAGUUGUGCCGUUGA